CGGUCGGCCUUCUCAGGAUCUCUUGCGUUGAGGUGUUACACACAUGCCUUACAAGCCAGGCGGAGGCUUGUGGUUCAUCAAGCCCUUGAGCGUGUGCCGGCCUUGAGCCGCAGACGAUUCCUAUUUCAACAUGGCCCAAGUCCAAGUCGACCCGACUCAGGACACAGAAUUCCACGAUGCGCUUCGUGCACAUGGUAUCAUCCCGCCAAAGCCACCCUCGCGCUCCCCCUCGCCAGAAAGACCUACCGCUUCAGGGACGCGCGCUUCCCAGCUCUCUUCUCUUCCUCUCGACCGCAUAGAGCGCGCUCUGCAAGAGGGCGCCGACUAUGGGCCCUCGAGGUAUACCGCGAAACGUGCAACCGUCGCUGACGAGGAUGACGACGAUCUUCUCGAGGGCGCUGAUGGGCUCGGAAAGCUCGACGAAGAUGAGGAGCGGAUAUUGCUCUCACUGCGUUCACACAGGAUGCGAGAAAUGAGGGUCAAGCUGCGGAAUGCCCGCUUUGGGAGGGUCUACCCGAUCAGCAGGGUCGAUUACAUGCGCGAGGUCACGGAGGCGAGCAAGGAGGAUCCGUCAGACGUCGCUGCUCAGGACGAGGAUGACGUCAAGGGAAAGGGGAAGGGAACCGGCGUCAUCUGCUUCCUCUACAAAGACGGAAUGGACACAUGCGAUCUUCUCGCAGGGUAUCUGGAAACCUUGGCAGCAAAGUAUCCAUCAAGCAAGUUCGUGUCAAUAGUUGGCGACAAGUGCAUCCCAAAUUACCCAGACAAGAAUUUGCCCACACUGCUGAUCUACCGCGGCGGCGAGCUGCACCGGCAGAUCGUCGGUCUACGGCGCGAGAUCGGCUUGGAUGGUAUGAAUACCAAGUGCGCUGACAUCGAGCUGCUCCUCACAGCCGUCGGCGCCAUUGAGCGCGGCGAUGCCGCGGGCGAGAACGGCGGCGGAACAAACGAAGAGGCCGAGAUGGACGAUACAAAGCUUACACGCAGGGGUAUUCGACAGGGGUAUGGGACAGGCGUGAGCGCAGAUGGCAGGGCCAAGACGCAAGAGGAGGAAGAUGCAGAGCUGGACUGGGAUCUAUGACUGCUUGGGAGCUCACCGGCCUUCCCCUUGCCAGUUCUGAAAUGCCCGUCUGAAUGAAAUGAUGCUAUUGUCCGUUAAUGAGCCAAAAGAGAAAUACAGUUUGAGUGGAGUGUGCGAGGUC